GCCGUGGACCCGCUUCCGCAGCGAAGUCAUCGGGGCCACCAACCCUGAGGACGCCGUGUCAGGCUCGUUGCGAGCCAGGAUCCGGGACGAGUGGAACGACCUCGGUCUGCUUGCAGAAACCAACUACCAGGACAAUGGUGUGCACGCCAGUGCCUCCCCGCUGGAAGCGCUCCGGGAACGGCAGGUGUGGCUAGGAGACGACGUGACGUCUGAUGCCUUUGGCCAGCGCGUGGCCGAGCGCAGUUCCGUCGGCUUGCAAGAACUUGUGGGCAAUUGCAGCAUCGCCUUGGGUGAGAAGAGCG